GACAGUUGCCUAUGCACAAAAACAUCUGACUACAAGUUUUAAUCGCAAGCCAAUGAAAAAUCUUUCGAAUAUAACAGAUUAAAUAAUUUAUUUUCUUAGGAAGUUGUAUAUCGUAUUUAUCUAGUUGUAAGAGGUUUUUACAAUAUUGUUCGCAGUCUAUUUAUCAUACGACAUACUUACAGCAUUAUUCGACUCGAGUGCUUUGCUAGGGAGGGACAACAGUGAACGUGCGUAGGAUGUGUUGUUAAGUAAUAUCCAGGCGACAUCAGGCAAUCAUUAGUUUGUAGAAAUAUUGAGAGAUUUUAGAACGUCGGGAGAGAAAUAAAUUGUAAUGUGUACACACUAGACUGUUCGGUUUCUCGAUUAAAAAUAGACGAUGGGAAUACAAUCGUGCAAUCUCGGCCACUGUGUCUACUAUUUCUGAAUGUAACUUGUUCCGGAAACAAGAACAGGACCAGGUUACGAGGACUUGUUUUGAAGAUGAAUACGCACUGUCUCUGGAGUCAAAUAUUUCAGACCAUUCGCGCUGGAUUAUUACGAUUCAAACAUUAUGGUAUGGCAACUACUUCGAGGACUAGAAGAAAGCAAGAUGACGAGAAAAAGAAGAAGAAACAGUCGCCUGUGGAUGAUCGGCCUUCGGUGCCAGCCCCUAGCGAAGCAAUGCUCAAUAACCUCCGCACAGCUUUUGGCCUCCUGGACCGGGACAGCGACGGUCACGUGACGCCGGCGGAGCUGCAGUUCAUGCUGCGUAACCUCGGAAUAGAGGUCAGCGAUGACCUUAUCUCUGAUCUCAUCAAAGAUGCCAGUAAAUCUGGUAAUGGCCUAAUAGAUGAAAAUGAAUUUAUGCAAUGGGUGACGAAAAUACAAGCGUUACAAGGAAUGGAUGUAUCUUCAGGGGGCGGCGACUCUGAAGAGGAGAUUACGAAAGACUUACUCGCCGCUUUCAAAGUAUUUGACCGAGACGACAAUGGGUACAUAACACGAGACGAGUUGCGUACGGCUCUAGAGAUGAUCGGUGAACCAGUGACAGACGCGCAGUUGAAUCAGGUUCUCGCGCUUGGGGACAUCGAUCACGACGGACGGAUCGAUUAUGAAGAAUUUGUGAAGAUGUUGCUGUAACGAGUGUUGUACCUCAUUGAGCGACCUCAUUAGAUAUAAUGGGUAUUAAUUAUCUAAAGACAAGUGGCAGCCGCCGAAAGUAUUCCCGAUGCUUAUGAGACGUUGUGUUGUGUAUUGUUUAGGCACUCAUGUCGAUAGACUCUUCCAUAUUUUUAAAGAAGCCAUGUCAAUACAUAAAAUUUUUAAGUAGGUGUACCAAUCAAAAUAUACUUUAUUUAAACAGUAUAAAAGUUAAACAAAGUAUAUUCGAUUUAUUAUUCUUGUAUUGUGCAUGGUCGAUAUUCGUGUAUAUUAUCUAUACCAAAGUAACGAAAUUAUUUAUUUUAGAUAUGAGUACGUAAGGUAUCUUAUUAUGAGAACCUAUCAAGAUAGGAACCUAUAAAUUUUAUAAGUACCUAUUGAAAAGGUAACAAUUACCUGUUUAAAAUAUUGUAGGUAUGUACAUAAAAGUACUUUUGUAUUAUUAACAAGUGUAGUCUAACCAAUUUAGGUUAAUGUAUGUAAUGUUAUUUAUUUAUACUUCUUUAAAAUAAAAAGGAUAGGUUCAAAAAGCGCUCAAAUCACACCAUUAGUAUCUAAACCAUUAUUCAGCUGUGAAAAAGGAAACUAUUCGGACGUCCAUCUAUUAUAUUUAUAUAUUUGAUAAAUAAGUACAAUAUUUUAUUCUAUAUACAGGGUAAAAGCAAAAUCAUUAGCGUCCUUUUAAGAGAGUGCUAACGAAAGUAUUGAGCGUUUUAUACUAACAAAGCGCAUUAGCUAUUAAGUUAGUAAUGAAGAUUUUAAAAUUUUAUUUGUUUUUCGGCUCAAGUUUCUCUAGAAAAAUAUUCAGUUUCACUGUUUGAAGACAACCUUAAAAGAAUGCUAAUGAACAGUUAUACCCUAUAGAAACAGUAUACAUUUACUGAAUAAAUAAUAUAAUUUUACAUACUUAAUGCGUAUAUAUGUACCUACAAUACCGGUACAAAAGCGGUAAUGUAAGUUUAUUUAUUACACGUCAUGUCACAAAAAUAUGGUUCUAGAGCUUUGCUUUGUACUUAUUAAUGGUAUUAUGUAGGUAUUAUACAAACAUUAAUAAACAUAUUAAUACAUCUAUAAGGCACUAAUGCACAUUUAUUUGUUGAGAAUGUCACGAACACUAUAAUUUAAAUCAAACAAUGAGCGUGACAGUCAACGUACAAUGUAUAUAUAAUAUAAAUGCAAUUUUAUGGUUGUGAAGAAUAAGUUUACCAAAUACCAUGUUAUGCUUAUGAUGUUAUAUUCACGCUAUUUAUAUAAUGAUAAACGUUGUACAAAAGAAGUUAAAUAUAAUUGAUAAUAACUCGUAAAUAUGUGAGAACUAUUGCAAAUGUUAAUUUAUCUUUAAGCAAUAGGUUAUUAUAUCUGUAAAAAAAAAAACAAAAGACGUAAGAGCGAAAAGUUUAUUACUGAAUAUUCUGUUACAUUUGUAUACUAUAUUUUUAAGAUAUUAGGUACGAUAAAAACACUACCAUAAAUAUGAGUAUGUUUAGGAUAAAUAUCGGCUAGUCUAAAGGUGUUAUCCUAAUGUGAACUGCAGACCGCAGGUAGGAGCAGCAGUGAACAGCAUGUUACUAAUUCUAGUGCUGUCUACGAUCUACAGUCAUAAUUACUAUAGAGUAACACCUUAAAUAUUUCGUAGGAAAUAAAAUUUGUCAUUUUGUAAUGAGUGGAAUUGGCAUUUGCAAUAAGUAAUUACAGUGGCAUGUUAGUUUAAGUUUUUGGAAAGGCAUGUGAUAGAAUGAACGUGAUCAAUAAAAAUCUUGAGUUUGUUA